CACCAGCCAUAUGGAUAGCAACGAGCACAAUAAUAAUAUCGUAGACAUAAAUUACAAAUCAUUGAACAGCCACCACAAUAGACUACAUGCGAUCAAAGAUGCAUCGACGCUUCACCAACACACCGACAAGUCGGACGGGGAGGGGUCGUCACAUGAAGAAAGUUUUCCAAAAGUUCCUCAGCCAUAUUUUGAUUUGACAAUGCCGCGUAAUAUUACAGCACGCGCUGGACAAAUAGCAAACAUAAAUUGUCGUGUGGAAAACUUGGGCGAUAAAUCAGUAUCCUGGAUACGCAAAAGAGAUUUACACAUUUUGACAGCCGGUUUAUUGACAUACACCUCUGAUGAUAGAUUUAAGGUCACACGCACACUGGAUAGGAAACAAUGGUCAUUGCAUAUAAAAUAUGCACAGCCUCGUGAUAGUGGCAUUUAUGAGUGUCAAGUUAAUACGGAACCAAAGAUGUCAAUGGCUUUCCGUUUAAAUGUUAUUGUGAUACCACCAGAUGCCAAAGCAUCAAUUUCCGGUCCAGCGGAUUUGUAUGUGAAAAUCGGCAGUGCCAUUACGUUAACAUGCCAUAUAAAGCAACCUUCCUCAGCCCAUGAUAUUGGACCAAUACAUUGGUAUCGUGGACCAUACAUACUGACACCAUUCGUGGUACAUCCCAAUGAGGCAGCCAUCGAUAUGCAGCGCAUUUCAAUGGAAUCGAAAUUGGGAGAUAAAUUGCAAAGCAGACUGCGCAUAUCAAAUGCCCAACUGGCCGAUUCGGGGAAUUACACCUGCAUGCCAACCACUGCCGAAGCAGCCAGUGUAGUGGUCAAUGUUUUAAAUGAUGAAAGUCCAGCUGCCAUGCAAAAGAGUGCAGCCACAGGAUUAUUAAAAAAACAAAACAAAUAUUUGAAUACAACAAUAACAACAACAACAGAAUUAAUAAUUUUAGCAUUAAUAUGCAUAUUACUACAGACAAAUCUACAAUUAUGGCAAAUUAAAAGUUAUUAUCGUCAGCAGCAGCAGCAACAGCAACAUCAUCAUCAUCGUUAUCAUCAUCAUUGUCAGCAACAACAUUUGCAGCCAACUGCAGCAGCCACAACUAAAUCAUCAUUAUCUUCCACAUUAUGUGGCACGUUAUCAUCAUGA